CUAUCGGCUAGGGAACAAGGAGGGCGGGGCAGGUGGGUGAGGGAAUGCAGCUGGGAACAGAGAAAAAGAAGGGCAGGAGGAGGUGGCUGGCUCUGGAAUCCCUCCGGGACUGUCUUCUACCCUGCAGCUCCCUGCCCUCACCUCCUUUCCCCUGCCAGGUACCCAUGGAUUUCCAUGCUGCAGCAAAGGGUCAGUGGAGGUUGCAGAGAUGCGGUGAGAACCAUCCCCGAACAUCACAGGCCUCCCCCGAGCCCUCCGGGACCUCCAGCCUCGCCCCUGACACCACCAAUCCCCCAACCUAGGAUCUCCCUCCCUUCUGCCAUUUUCAAAACCUCCUCGGCGCCAGUGUCCAGGCCAAAAGACUGGGGAGGGUGUGGGGUAUCUACCCUCCCACUUCUGUUUAUGCCCUCAGCCCCUGGCAGAGGAAGACUGAGGGGUAGUGAGGCACACCCAGGGACAGAAUAGGACCUGACCCCUCAGAGCUGCCUGGCUUGCUGAGGACAGAGCUGCUCAAGGCGGGGGUGGGCAGGCACUUGAAGAAAGAGUGGGCAGGUGGGUGGGAGGACAUUGCUCUGGGGCUCCCCUGCUGGGGACUAGUGUUCUGGGCACUAAUUCGCGAAGUGAGUUGUCCCAGCUCACCUGCAAUGCUUGAUAAAAAUGAGAUUCCUGGGCCUCACCUCCAACUAACUGGAUUCCUCUUUUGUGGGGUGGGGGGGGCAUGAGUUGGCAAGGAGUUUCCUAAACUCACUAAAGUUUCAGAAUACAACUCCAGACUUCCUGGUGGCAGUAGAGUGGGACAGCCAGGGGAGUGGGACAGCCAGGGGAGUGGGACAGCCAGGGGAGUGGAUGAGCUGGUGGCAGGGUGGUCGGGGGGAGGUGCAUCUUGCCAGCCUCUGUUACAAGGCAGAGGGCUUUGAGGGCCCCAGAAACCCCCUUCCCGCUGAAGCCACCACCCACCCCACAGAUCCCCAUCACCCACUCUGUCUCUUUCUGUCUUAGAGAUGACUUAAGUCAACACCAGAUACAAGAGGAACAGGAGGUAAAAAGGGGAUGUCCUCUUAUGGGGAGGUGGUAGGCAAGUGGCAGGGCUCUUCCCUAAGUCUCCAUCAGCCCCUACCCUUGACAAUCCUGGGACCUUAGUACCAGGCCAGUGUGGGUACACUCACACACACACCCCCUCACCAGGCAGGUCUCUGAGAGGAGGCAGGCAUGGGGUUGGGGGGCGGGGGGAAGAGAGCAGGACCUGGGGCAGGGGUGGGGCAGGGACUCGGUGCCAGGGAGGGCCUCAGGGGCAGGACCUCCCGCUCCUGCCUCCUCAGCUUUGAGUUGAAACAUUUCAGCUGGAGGCAGACAUGCUAGAGCAGAAGCCCCAGCUCAAAGUGGACCUGGCCCCAGACCCAGACCCAGAACUGGAGAUCGGACAGGUGCCGGCUUUACUGGAGUCAGAGCUGUACCCAGCCCUCAAGCUUGAAACUGAGCUGGACACAAAAGCCAGCUGGAACGAGGAGUCUGACCUCGAAGAGCCCCUGCAGCUGGUGUGCCAGAUAGAGUCCGUCCACUCCAACAUGGCGCCGCCCACACCGCAGACCUUCAGACCAUGGAGUCUGAAUUCAAACUACAGGAGUUUCACGGAGGAGAACCAUGUGUCCACCUGCCGUCACUCCAUCAGUGCACAGACCUCCAAGCACCUCUUCUGGGCAAACAAGCUCAUCCAGGCCUCAGAGCACAGCCUGCAGCGAGCCAUCAACAUGCAGCUCAACAAUGGCAGUGCAGGCCAGCCCAUCAGUUCCCGGCUCCGGGAGGCCAUCCCCACUGACGCCCUGUGCUCCAAGGAGCAGCUCCAGAGCCCCGAUGCCCGCCCAGCUCCUCCGGCCACAAGCUUCCAGGAGCCAAGCCCCCUCCUGUCCUCAGAUCUCCCGCCACCCAUUGGCCUGGCAGAGCUAAUCACCUUUGCAUCUUCCCUGGCCAUGGCCUCCUCCAGCAGGAUGGACAUGCCCAGUUUGGAACACAUGAUGAAAGCUCCACCUCAGGAGGCUCUGGAGCCUUCCACAGAGCCCCUCCUGAUCACUGCGGAGGAGCAAAAGCCAGAAAAGCACGCAGAGGCCCUACCAGAGAAACCACAUGAAGCCAGGGCACCACUGAAAUCUUGGAGUCAGGAAGACAAGAACUUCACUCAAUCUUACUUUGACUUCAGCAAGCCAGGGAUCAAGAGGGCCACCAUCGAAGGGCAAAUGCAGCUUCUCCAGCCACCAGCCACGUCCCCUGUGCUGCAGGGAGGCAAGGAAGAGUGAGUGAGGCCAGCCCCACAGCUCCCAUAGAGGGGCUGUGCUAGAACACAGGGGGGUCCUCACACAGCCGGCUAGGGGUGGGGAACACUGGAAUGAGGACCUGGGAGCAGGAUGCGGUGGGCUGUGACGCCUCCACCUCAGUGACCUCAUAAAGGCUGUUGGAACAAAGUUCCAGUGGACUGAGGUGCAGAGCCAAGGCAAGGGCUGGAGGAAGCCUGGGGACCAAGGAGGGUGGGCACAGGGGCCUGGGUUCAAACUGGGAAGGACCACGCCGGCAUUAGGUGGCUUCCCACCCUGGGGGUUGGGCCUCACCAAGGUCGGAAAUGCUCAGGCUGGGAUCUGCCCUGUUGAGAACAGGUUGGCCCCAACCCUGAAGUCCAGGACACUUUUCUUGAGGGGAGAAUGAGGAUGCAGAGCACUGCAGUACACCUUGCUUUCUGGUGGUGAAUGGAUACACAAUGUAACCUUAGCUGCCCAGACACAGGCAGCAGCAGAAGACCCCUUACCCCCAGUGACCUCUUCAGAGGGGCCUCUGGGCUCAACCCUCUCCUUCGACCACCCUCUGGGGCCCAAGUGACACUCUCUCUUUUGUGUUGCAGCUCAGUGCCGCCAGGAAAAGAGAAACAGAAUCCAUUAUUGGUGAAAAUCCAUUUUAAGCUGUCAGCCCCCACAACCCCAGAGAAAUGACUAGACAGAACCAAUAAAGCCUCCAGUGCUGGC